AUGCUUUGGAAGAAGGUGGGCAUCAUCAAGUCCUCCCUUCCGCUCUUAGCUGUCCUGCUGCGGCGUGCAGGUCAUAGGUCAGGGAUCAAGAACUGGCUGAAUGCCCUGCAGGAGAAGUUUCCGGAAGAGAGGGAUGCUAUCGACGUCUAUGCCAAGGACCUCAAGGCGACACAGACAAGCUUUUUUCCCAUGAUGAUAUGGCGCAGCAUUCCUUCCGAAUGGCUAAAACGCAAGCUUUACAACUUGCUGGCCGCCCCGAACCUUCACCUUUGCAUGCUCGCUGGCAAGAAGAUGCAGGAGCUCACGCAGAAUGAGCGUCUCAAAGCGAUUCUUGGAUACAUCUCCCUGGGAUGCAUUGGAGUAACCUUGGAGAAGAUGGACUACAGGAGCAUGCUUGGGUUACACCUCCACUUCGGCGAGGGCGCCUACUUCCCGGUAGGAGGCCCAUCGAAGAUGGCUUCCGCCAUGGUGAGACAGAUUGAGCGGCAGGAAGGCCGCGUCUUCGUCCGAGCUCGCGUCAACAGCAUCCUUUUUGACAAAGAUGGCCGUGCCACAGGUGUGCAGCUGGCAAAAGAUGGUCUCACUAUCCGGGCGCCCGUGGUAGUGUCGACCAUUGGCUUACAUGGUACCGAGAAGUUCUUGCAAGACCAGCCAUGCCAUGAGGAGUUCGCUCGGCGACUGGAGCCACUGAAACGGACGCAUGGACACCUCUUCCUGUUCGUUGGCAUCCGUGGCAGCGCGGAGGAGUUGAACUUGCCCCGUCACAACACCUGGAUGCUGCCCGGAGAGGACCUGCCGAAGUGCAUGGAAGAAUUCCAGCGAGAUCGAGAUGCAGAUGCUCCGUUUGGCUAUGUGGGAAUGGCCUUUCCAAGCAGCAAGGAUCCCUCCUACAAGGAAUUUUAUCCGGACCAAUCGACCUGUGCUAUGGUGGCAGGUGACAUCCCAUGGGAGUGGUUCGAGAAAUGGAAUGGCACGCGUGUGCAUCACCGCGGCCAGGAUUACGAAGACCUGAAGAAGAAAUACGAACUUCGCUUGAUGGACAUGCUCUACAGCCAGUUCCCCCAAGUAAGGGGCCGCGUCCAGUACGUAAGCUUGGGGACGCCGCUGGACACCAACUUCUUUCUGGGCAAGACCCAGGGAGAGUCCUAUGGGCUGCAGCAGACUUUGGCGAAGACAUGGGCGGACACCCACUGGCUUUUUGCUAAGCCCAUAAUCCAGCGGUGGCCAGAUGGCCUCUUUCUGGCAGGGCAAGACGUUACCAGCGACGGAUUCGCACCCUCGGUUGUUUCUGCGAUAUUGGCAGCCUGUGCUAUUGACGGAUUCCUGCCUGCUUGGCUUCAAAUUGUGUCCAUGUUGGGGCUCUGGGGGACUCUGAAAGCGCUGCUAUCGUAG